AUCACUCGCGGCCAUUCCGUCAGACUCAUCUUAAACCGAACUGAGAGUGGACGUACUUCUCCCUCACAGUCAGAAAGCAACCGUUACCCGCCUUUAGCACAACGAGCCGAGCUUGAAGCCGCUUUGCGUCUUUGCUCUAGACCACUCAGACCCACUCUGAAUUCUCAUUAAAUAUGUCUAAUAUCGUCUGUUGUCAAACUCCUCAGGUUAUAAUGUAUGACCAACACAGAAUAAGUACAACUCUAUAGCCAACGGGAUUCUAAGGACUUGAUUAGUCACUUCAAGCCUGAUAGUUUGUCCGUGCGGCUGCCCUUGUGUCGUGUCAACUGGCAUUUCUUCUGACGAUUUCCCUGUCUGUGGGUGAAGAAGACUUGAUUCUCCUGUGAUCUCCGUCUACUUUACCUACAUUCCUGUCCUAUUUGACUCUUGGCAGCAGUGGUUCACUGGAUUUGCAACACUCUUGAUUAGGCAAACUGUCGAAAUUUACCAAGAUGAUUCCAAACGGUUAUUUGAUCUUUGAGGAUGAGAGUUUCUUGGAUUCCACCGUGGCCAAAAUGAAUGCUCUGAGGAAGAGUGGUCAGUUCUGUGAUGUUAGACUGCAGGUGUGUGGUCAUGAGUUGAUGGCACAUCGUGCUGUUUUGGCUUGCUGCAGUCCCUACCUGUUUGAAAUCUUUAACAGUGAUGUUGAGCCUCAUGGAGUCUCACAUGUCACCUUUGAGGACUUGGACCCAGAGGCUGUGGAGAUCUUGCUCAACUAUGCCUAUACUGCCAAGCUUAAGGCAGACAAAGAGCUGGUCAAGGAAGUUUACUCUGCAGCCAGAAGGUUUAAGAUGGAGCGAGUCAAACAGAUUUGUGGCGACUACCUACUGUCUAAGAUUGACUGCCAGAACGCCAUCUCAUUUCGUAACUUUGCCAGCUCUAUGGGAGAUGCCAGAGUUUUGGCCAAGGUGGACGCCUUCAUCCAAGAUAAUCUACUGGAAGUUUCAGAACAGGAGGAUUUUCUCAGACUUCCCCGUCUCAAGUUAGAAGUAAUGGUAGAAGACAAUCUGACCCUUCCAAGCAACGGCAAGCUUUACUCAAAAGUACUCAGCUGGGUGCAGCGUAGCCUUUGGGAGAAUGGAGACAACCUGGAACUACUGAUGGAAGAGGUGCAAACGCUGUACUACUCACCUGACCAUAAGCUGGUGGAUGGAGGGCUGGUGAUUGAGGGGCACAGUGAGGUGUUUGGUGGCGAGGAGGACCACCUUCAGUUUGUGCAGAAGAAACCUGUGCGGGAGAACAUCCAGAGACAGAUGAGCUGCAGCUCCUCAGGAAGCCUGUCACCCUCCAACCAAGCAGCAAAUGCUCCUAAACAGACCAGCAGGAGGGAGUGGAAGUACAUCGCCUCAGAGAAGACCACAAACAACACCAACCUUUGCCUGGCAGUGCUGGAUGGUGUGCUGUGUAUGAUCUUCUUGCACAGUCGCAACAGCCCUCAGACCUCUCCUUCUGCCACCCCCUGCCUGAUGAAGAGCCUCAGCUUUGAGGCCCAGCCUGAGGAUCUGGAGGAGCAGCCUCUGUCACCCAUGCAUUAUGCACGCUCUGGCCUGGGCACCGCAGCCCUGAAUGGAAAACUCAUUGCAGCAGGAGGCUACAACAGAGAGGAGUGUCUGAGGACUGUCGAGUGUUAUGACCCCAAAGAGGACCGCUGGACCUUCAUCGCUCCCAUGCGGACUCCAAGGGCUCGGUUCCAAAUGGCUGUGCUCAUGGGUCAGCUUUACGUUGUUGGAGGGUCAAAUGGUCAUUCUGACGAGCUGAGCUGUGGAGAGGCGUACGAUCCACAUGCUGAUGAGUGGACUCAAAUGUCAGAGCUGCGGACCAACCGCUGCAACGCAGGUGUCUGUUCCUUGAACAACAAACUCUACGUUGUGGGAGGGUCAGACCCCUGUGGGCAGAAGGGCCUGAAGAACUGUGAUGCAUUUGAUCCUGUCACUAAAACCUGGUCCAAAUGUGCCUCCCUCAACAUCAGGAGGCACCAAGCAGCAGUGUGUGAGUUGGAAGGCUUCAUGUAUGUGAUCGGAGGGGCAGAGUCAUGGAACUGCCUGAACACUGUGGAACGCUACAACCCUGAAAACAACACCUGGACAUUGGUUGCACCCAUGAAUGUGGCUCGCAGGGGAGCCGGCGUUGUUGUCCAUGCAGGCAAACUGUUUGUCAUUGGCGGCUUUGACGGCUCUCAUGCACUCCGCUGUGUGGAGGUGUACGACCCAGCCCGCAAUGAGUGGAAGAUGUUGGGCAGCAUGACUUCCUCACGCAGCAACGCGGGGGCGGCCAUGCUGGGCGAGGCCAUCUACGCUGUGGGCGGAUUCGAUGGAAACAACUUCCUCAACACCAUGGAAGUGUACAACCCUGACACCGACGAGUGGAACGACUGCACCAAGGCCCCAACACCCACCUCCGAGUGAAGGACGAAGUAGAUAAAACAGGGUUAAAGAGUUUCACAGUGCUUCACCCCCGCACCCCCAAACUAACAGGCUUAGUGAUUUUGUCGUGUUUGAUGUAAUGUGUGUGCGUGUGUGUGUAUAUGUGUAUGAGUGGAUUGUGUGGAAGUGGGGAUGGGAGACAUGGGGGAAGGAGUCUUCAGUGAAGACUAUUCAGUGAGUAGGGAGGGAGGGAUUUAGAGAGGGAGGGAGGGUGGAAGUGAAAGGUUUGUUGCCUAAAGCAACAGGAUGCCUUUUCAUAUUGCAUACAAUGUUUGUUUUUGUGCUGUACAUAUUUGUUUUUCCUCAUAUUUGUCAUAUGCCAACAUUUAAUUCACUUGUAGUGCUUUCCUUUUUUUUUCCUCUACAUUUUUUUGGAGGGUUUUCAGAUGAGCUAACUAAUGUUGGUCACUUGGACGUUUAUAGUGAUUGAUGAAAAGUCAGAUUUCUUUAUUAAUAUUUCAGUCAGAAAUAUAACUUCUCAAUUUUAAAGGUCAGUUGUUUGAAGCCCUACUCUUGAGUGAGAGUUGGUAAAACUUCAUCACUGCAUUUUUUGUGUCAUUUCAUAUAAUUUAACUUGAAUUGCGAAUCUUUAAAAAUUGCCUUUUUUAUAUUUUUUAUACACUGCUGAAUAAACAAUAAAAUAACAGUAGCAAACAGUUGAAGUUGAUGAAUCUAACCAGUGCCAGUUUUAAGUAGAUAUUUUUUUCUUUCAUGCAUACACAACCAUGCUUCUGCUAACCAAACCUUUGUUAUUGUGAUUUUAUUUUAGCUCAUGUAUUUAGCAAAUAGCAGUUUACUGAGAAUCCCCCCCUCCCCCUCUUGUGUUUUAAAAUGUAAGGCAUUGGCAGAUUCUUUUGGAAAUAAUUGAAGAGAGAAAUUAUCACAUUUGUAAAAUUUCUUAAAUAAUAAAUCACUUAAACAUA